GCCAUUUCUUUCUCCACUUUGCAGAAAAUAUCUUCUCCUUGCCGAACCAGCCAAUUUUCAUUUUGUUUGAUCUCGAUAUGAUUUGAUAUCUCCCCCUUCACUUAUUCUUCUGUCCACUCGUAGCUCUGAUGUGAAAUUCCCAGCUGGUUGUUGUCCUUCGGCCUUUAUAUAAUUUGCUUCACUUCCAAUCUUCUCGCUCCUUCAGUUCUGGAGACCGGAAUUGAAUACCUUUGGCCCCCAUUGUUCAGGCCUUGUGAUAGACAACUAAGAAAGAAGAAUGACGAAUUUGGGGAUGGUUUUCGGGUCUAAAUCCUCAAAGUCGAUGAGAGUGAGCUUUAGAAUACCGUAUUUCACCAACUGGGGUCAGAGCCUGGUGGUAUGUGGUUCUGAUCCGGUGCUGGGGUCCUGGAAUGUGAAGAGGGGAUUGCUGUUGAAACCUGUGCAUCAGGAUGAUGAGCUAAUUUGGUCUGGAAGUAUCUCUGUGCCGGCUGAAUUCAGCUGUGAGUACAGUUAUUAUGUGGUGGAUGAUGAGAGGAAUGUGCUGAGAUGGGAGAUGGGAAAUAAGCGAGCACUCUUUUCACCUCAGGGGAUCAAUGGUGGAGAUAUCGUGGAGCUUCGUGAUCUCUGGCAGACUGGUGACGAUGAUAUCCCUUUCAAAAGCGCCUUCAAAGAUGUCAUUUUUAGCAAAAGUUGCAAUAUGAAGGUCGAGAGGCCCUUAGGAGUCCAGAAUAAGUUGGAGAAGGAAGGGAACUUCUCUCUGGAAACUGGUGCGAAUAGGGAGCUCUCUGUUGAUCCCGCAAACAUUCAACUGAAGUAUGUCUUUGUUUCAGACGGCAUGAUGCGUGCAAUGCCAUGGCGGGGAACUGGUGUUGCGAUACCUAUGUUCUCUAUAAGGUCAGAACUCGAUCUUGGUGUUGGAGAGUUCCUUGACCUGAAACUUCUUGUUGACUGGGCUGUGGAAUCUGGGUUCCAUCUAGUUCAGCUUCUACCAAUCAAUGACACCUCUGUUAAUCUGAUGUGGUGGGACUCCUAUCCAUACAGCUCCCUGUCUGUAUUUGCCCUGCAUCCGCUAUACCUGAGAGUACAGGCACUUUCAGCUAAUCUGCCAGAGGAGGUGAAGAAGGAGAUACAGGAGGCCAAGAAAAGGCUUGAUGGAAAGGAUGUUGAUUAUGAGGCUAGUCUGGCAACAAAAUUGUCAAUCGCCAAAAAAGUCUAUGCUAAAGAGAAAGAUGUGAUACUUAACUCCAGCGCAUUUAAGGAAUUCUUCUCAGAAAAUGAGCUGGAGAAGCUCGUCUCAAGAGACACUGUGCACUAUGACAUAAUUCGAUUCCAUUACUAUCUCCAAUUCCAUUUACAGCUACAGUUGUCUGAAGCUGCAGAAUAUGCAAGAAAGAAAGGAGUGGUACUGAAGGGAGAUUUACCUAUUGGUGUUGACAGAAAUAGUGUGGACACGUGGGUGUAUCCCAACUUGUUCCGUAUGAACACCUCCACUGGAGCUCCCCCAGAUUACUUUGACAAAAAUGGGCAGAACUGGGGUUUCCCAACCUAUAACUGGGAGGAGAUGUCCAAAGACAACUAUGGUUGGUGGCGUGCUCGAUUAACACAGAUGUCGAAGUACUUCACAGCAUAUAGGAUUGAUCAUAUACUAGGUUUCUUUAGAAUCUGGGAGCUUCCUGAUCAUGCUAUGACGGGACUGAUAGGGAAGUUCCGACCUUCAAUCCCCUUGAGCCAGGAAGAACUAGAACGAGAAGGAAUCUGGGACUUCGAUCGUUUAAGCCAUCCAUACAUAAAGCUAGAGUUUCUACAGGAAAAGUUUGGAACAUUUUGGGCAGUUAUCGCCUCGAGCUUUCUGAAUGAAGUGCAGAAAGGCUUUUAUGAGUUCAAGGAGGAUUGCAAUACAGAGAAAAAAAUUGCUUCCAAAGUGAAGACCAUGGCAGAACAAUCAUUGUUAUUAGAGGGUGAAGAUAAGAUAAGACGUGAUCUAUUUGAUCUCCUCAAGAAUAUAGUUCUAAUUAGAGACCCCGAGGAUGCAAAGAACUUCUACCCGCGUUUCAACCUCGAGGAUACUUCAAGUUUUCAGGAUUUGGAUGAGCACAGCAAGAAUGUCAUGAAAAGACUCUACUAUGAUUACUACUUCCAUCGCCAAGAAGAGCUAUGGCGAAAAAAUGCUCUGAAGACGUUACCCGUUCUCCUCAAUUCAUCAAACAUGCUUGCCUGUGGUGAAGAUCUGGGGCUCAUACCUGCUUGUGUUCACCCGGUGAUGCAAGAGCUGGGAAUGAUCGGGUUACGCAUCCAACGUAUGCCUAGUGAACCUGAUCUGGAAUUUGGGGUUCCUUCUCAAUAUAGCUACAUGACGGUGUGUGCCCCAUCGUGCCACGACUGCUCCACGUUGCGUGCUUGGUGGGAGGAGGAUGCUGAAAGAAGACAGCGAUACUUCAAGGCCAUAGUCGGUUCUGAUGAGCUGCCCCCCGAUACAUGCCUUCCAGCUAUUGCACAUUUCAUCAUCAGGCAACAUGUUGAAUCGCCAUCAAUGUGGGCAAUAUUCCCAUUACAGGACUUGCUAGUUCUAAAAGAGGACUACACAACACGUCCUGCAAAUGAAGAGACGAUCAACGACCCUACGAAUCCGAAGCACUACUGGCGAUACCGUGUACACGUUACGUUGGAGACUCUGAUGAAGGACAGUGAACUUAAGUCCACUAUAAAAGGCCUCAUUUCUGGGAGUGGAAGAUCACAUCCUGGUUUGAAGGAAACCGACGGGAAAGGGAAGCAAGUCGCGAGUAACGGAAAACCAAUUCUUCACUGGCUUCUCAAUGUUGCACAUGAUGAGGCCAGAGACAACCGCAGCAGCAGCAACAGUAGCAGCAAUAACAAGACUUCUAGCUUGCCCCAUAAUAAGGCCAAUAAUAGCAGCGCACAGCAGCAACACAUAGUCCUGUUCAAGCAUUGUGGUAGCCAGAGGAGGAGAGGCAUAGGAGUUAAGAAGGACAGCAAGUUUGGUGGUUGGCAGAACUUUAGCAGCCCGUUUGGGAUUCUUCUUGUUAGAAAAGAUGUGGCGAAGGCUUGCUUCUAUAGCACGCUGAACCUGAGAAGGCUUGGAAAUAGCUCGAGCAGACGAGAGCGUCGGAUGAUCAUCUCUAUGAAGAUGAAGAAAGAAGAGGUCGCCGCGGGUAAGAAGCCGGAUCCAUCUGCUAAUCAUUCCACUGCUGCUGCUCAUCACGUGGGUAACAAGGUUCUACCAAUCAGCAACGAAGCCAACGCUGCAUUGCCUCCACGGUUUCCCCUGCCAUCGGCAGAGGAAUGCGAGAAGAGAGACGCCAAACAGGUCAAAGGGGACAGCAAGAACAAGGCCAUUUCCAGGAUGAAGGAGCUCAUUAGAUGGGCUGCAGCUACCAAAUCUGACAAGAAUGGCAAGUUCCUUGGCCGCAAGGUUCUACAUCAAUUUCGAAAUCGAGGAGCCCUGAAGGCAAUGCAAGAAGAUUCGGAUCUAACGGGGAGACAACACAAUAACAGUUACAAGUACAAUGAAAAUAGCCAUAUCGACUCUCCAAGGUUCAGCUUGAGAUGGGAAGUUGAAAGCAGCUCCACCACUUGCUCAGCAAUGUCUAUGGCUUCUUGCCCUGCCACGGGCCAGGACAGAAAAGCCAACUGGAUCACCACUGAUUCUGACUUUGUGGUGCUGGAGCUAUGAACAAGGCUGUGAAGGAAGCAUCAGAGGAGUAUCAAUUGAUCAACUGUUUGAAUGAAUUGCAUUCCAGUUAAAGGAAAAAGAAUGGUUACUAUCUUUUUUCUGUUUGAGAGAUCUAUCAAUUGAUUGUAAUAUCUAUAACGAGAACGCAAGAUGGAUAGAGAUUUCAGUCAUAAUCUUUCACUGC